AUGAGUUACGGAGGUCAGCCGGGCGAUCAAUAUGCAAUGAUGAGAACCGGUGCACCAAAUCAGCAGCCACAACCCGGAAUGCAACAAAGAAUGAUGAUGGGAGGCGCUCCGGGUGGAGUCCAAAUGAUACAACCUCAAAGAGCGGCUGGACCACAAACGGCCAUGUAUGGACCAAAUCCCAACAUGAUUCCGCCACAAAAUUUGCAGAUGCAGCAACAAGGAUAUCACAUGCAACAGCAACAACGCAUUCCAAUCAAUGCGAUGGUCAGCCAUCUCCCACCCCAUCAACAACAAGAAGUAGCUACAAUUGCCGAUCCUCAGCAGAGAAUGGCGCGCAUUCAGCAAUACUUCCAACAACUACAACGACAACGAAUGCAACAACAACAACAACAACAGAUGGUGAUGCAGCGCCCAAUGCAGCCUGGCCCUGGUCAAGCACACGGGAAUAUGAUGAGACCAGUGGCGCCGAUGUAUCCAAAUGGAAUGCCUCAACAACCAGCAGCGCAAAUGCCUCCGAUGGUGUCCGGUCAACCCCCAAUCCAGCAUCAAACGAUGAUGCAAAGGAUCCCUUCUUCAUCGUCAAUGAUGGGUUCCUCUCCAAUGUCAAUGGGACAAGGAUCGGUGCCUGGAAUGAGCGGCGGAACGCCAAACAUGCAACCCGGCACUCCGCAGCAACAACAAAUGCAGCAAGUUGGCCCUAACACAGCUGUUCCCUCGCCAAAGGUGGCUUCUUUGCAAGCAGGUCAGAUGGGAGUGAAUGCCACCUCACCGGCGACGCAAAUUAUUGGACAAAGCCCUGUUGCCAGUUCUCAACCAAAAACCCCUGCACAAGGACAACCACCUACGAACACUCCAGGAUCGACGGGAACAACGGGAAAUCCGGGAUCCCAACAACAGGCAAUGAAUGAGGAGGAGAACCGAAUCUACAAGGAAAGAAUCAAUGAAAUGAAUCGAAAAUAUCGUGACAGCUUGAUGAGGAUUCUCGAUCGGGCAAAACUCGACAGAGAACAACCGCCAGCUGGUACCGAGAAAUUCGCCGAAAUUUUGGAUGAGAAAAGAGUGGUGAGCCUUGAUUUUCUCGAUCGCUUGAGCUCAGGAAUGCAAAAGUUGAUUGAAAGGAACAAUCCCAUCAACUUCAUUAUGGAUGCUAUCAAACAACGUUGUCAAGCAGAAGGAUCUCCGUCAACAUCCGGAGAGUUGAGUGAAGAGACAAAAAGACUCAUCGAUAAUCUCAUCGAUCCAUGGGCACCAGUGAAACAUUUGAGAAUCAGGGUGCCUGAUCAUGUUCGAGCUAUUUACAAAAAAGAUGCUCAACCAAGCAAGAAGCGAAAAGCUGAUGAUGACAGUGAGCCAGUGGAAGUCAAGCGACAACGCCCUAAUUCUGAAAGCGACUCCACUGAGCAGAAGAUGACUCCAUCCAGCCAAAACCAAUCGAUGAAAGUUUUCCCGAUGCCUUCCUACAAUUCAGUUUACCAAGAAAACGCUGGAUCGGUUCCUUGUUUAUUUGACCUGGGGAAAAGGUGGAAAUUACCUGAGGAAGCAAUGAGAGAACUCUCGGCAACGGGUGCUCGAUGGGCUGUCGAUAAGCGACCACCAUGCAAAGAAACACCCGAUGUGCAACUCUGUAUUGAAAGUGAAGAGCUCCUCACAUGCCCACUCCGAGUUCUUCUACCUGUCGGCUAUCCAUCUAUCGCUCCACAAGUCCUCUUUGCCGAGUCUUUCCCUCCAUCUGUCACACUCUCCGCAAGUCUUGAGACAUUUUUCCGUCGUCGAUUAGCUCUUCAAAGUGACAAAAGUCUGACGUCGCUCAUUUUAUCGUGGAGGGCAGCCUGUGAGCAACAAGUUGCCGCGAAUCGUACCCCAUCAAUUGGCUCAGUCUCUUACCCAGUCCCACCCAAACAACUUGUAGCA